UAACCCUGCUUCAGGAGGUCAUGGAUGGUGGCUCUAAAGGACCCAGGGGUCAGCUCCUGCACCUGGAUGUGUGUGUGGAUGAGCAGAAGCCUCGCAGCGGUGUCCUAGAGCUCCUUGGGAGACUGAGGCCCCAGUGGAAGCCACAGGACAUCAAGAUGAAGGUAAGUGAAGGUAUCAUGAUGAAUCUAAGUUGUCACAUGAGUAUGCCAAUGGGCAAAACUGGUUGAAAUGAUGUUGUAAUGCUGUAAUUUCAACCAGUUUUGCCUGCUGGAAUGUAAGUGAGAAGUAUUAGUGUUCUGAGAAGUGAGUAGUAUUAAACCCUGGUUUUGUUGUCGUGUGCAUCAGGCCUUGAACAUGUUUCAAUGAAAAAACAUUCCCCUCAACCUUCAUUGCAUCGCAGCGCUUGAGGCGCCACUACAGACUCAGGUUCGGUCCCAGGCUGUGUCACAGCCGGCCGUGACGGGAAACCCCAGGAGGCGGCGCACAAUUGGGCCAGCGUCGUCCGGGUUAGGGGAGGGUUUGGCCGGCCAGGAUUUCCUUUUCACAUCGCGCUCUAGUGACUCCUUGUUGUGGGCCGGGCGCCUGCAAGCUGACUCGGUCGCCAGCUGGACAGUGUUUCCUCCGACACAUUGGUGCGGCUGGCUUCCGGUUUAAGCGAGCUGUGUGUCAAGAAGCAGUGCGGCUUGGCAGGGUCGUGAUUCAGAGGACGCAUGGCUCUUGACCUUCGCCUCUCCCAAGUCCGUAGGGGAGUUGCAGCGAUGGGACAAGACUGUAACUACCAAUUGGAUAUCACGAAAAUAAAAAAAACAUAGAAAUCACAUAGAACAUCUGUCCUCAGCUAACAUAGCUUCUCUUAAGGACUCCAUUCGUGUGUGCAAGCAGUGGGGCAAUCUCCCGGAGAAAUAGGAUCUAUGUUUGUCAGGGUCACAGUGAAACGGGACUGACCUCUCAAUCUAGAACAGGUCUUGUUUAAGCACACAGAGAGAUGAACGCUAACCCCCAGAGUUCCCUCUCAAGCCCUCUCAAUCACUAUUGUGUCUGUAGGUUUGUGGGGACUCUGAGCAAAAAUAUUAAACAAAAAAUAGACACUCUUGGUUCAUAAAGACGAAGCUGUUCAAAAACGAGAGAAAAGUGGAUAUAUAGACAUCUCAGAGAAGUUCUCUAAAAGUAGGCAGCAUAGCCUCUCAAACUGUCUCUGGAUUGAAUUGAAGCUUUUCUGUAUGGCUCAAUCUCGACUCCUAGACAGACAUGGCCGAGUUGAAUAGAUAUGCGUCAGACUGAAUUAGGGCGAGAGACUUUUCAGUCAGUUGGAUAGAGAAAUUACCCUCAGCAGAGCUUAGACCAGGACAUCUAGUUUCACUGACUGGGUUGUGUUCAUUAGACACGAAACCGAACAAAACGGCCUGAAACAGGGAGGGACUACCUAGACUUAAUGUACUUUUUCUGUGGAAAAGAUUGAGAAAUUCUUACUGCACUCCAAUUCAUCCAAUUCAUUUUGUGGUCCUCAUACCUCUAUUGAAGUACGAAACAGGUGGUCUAAUCAUCUUUUAAACUCCUUAAAAAAGUAAUCUAUUCAAACGAGGCAAAUACCUCUCCUUGAACCAGGCCCCGUGUUUUGGGAACAGGAAUACAACUAAUUGUUGUUUUAAGUUGGAUCUAGGAAGAGUUAUACUAACGAAGCAUGGGUUCCAUCAAAUGUGAGUGCACAACAGCAUGAAGGCUACAGUGGCAUUGGUGAACGGUGCUCACCACAUUGCGCAAACCCAGAACCAAAUCUUGGCCAGCUAACAAUUGUUCUUAGAGUCAACUCAAGUUCGCGACAACAUUUGUGAUUGCUAGCCAACAAAAGGCAGAUUCUCGCUAGAAUACACGCCCACACAUGUAAAUGUAAAUGCAUGGUCCUUCAUGUUCAAGAAUAGGUUAUGGGUUUGCUUUCUUUGUCCCACAUACCACACCGGUUUGAUGACAAAAGCCUGUGGCAUUGUAUUACAAUAGCCUAUCUUGUGUUAGCUGUGGCAUGUUUGUUCAAAUGGCUCUCAAUCCAGCGCUAUGAAUACUUCAUCAAAUGUCAAGGUGACCAUGUUUGUUCUCUGCCACUCUCGAUGAAACAUUGUGUUACAUGCAGUCCCUUCGGGGUUUGAGGAGACCUUGGGGGACAGUGGGAGUGAGAGAACGCUGAGCAGGCAGUAAAUGGAAAUAAACGUGCAUUGAUGUGCAUGUGGAGGGUCUGAUAUUGCUUACCAUGGUCACAUCAUAACCACUGAACAUUUUCCUGUCAGUGCUCAAUAAUGCAAGUGGCCUGUAGGGUUUGUCCUUGAAAUUGUCCCAAUCAGUUACGUAAUACACUGGAGUGACUAUAAAUGCUUACAAGCAGGAUAUUUAAAUGUUUCAUUUUAAUAGUUCCUCAAAUUAAAGGGAUAGUUCACUCAAAUUACAAAAUUACAUAUUGGUUUCCUUACCCUGUAAGCAGUCUAUGGACAAGGUCAGACAGUAGUCGAUGCUUUGGUUUUGUUUAUCUGGCCACUCUCUACAGGGAAGGUAAUGGUAUGGUAUUUUGGUGAACAAUCCCUUUAAUGAGUAGGACCAUACCUCUCUCCCUCCCUGGAUGAGUCUCCGCUGGCUUUGAAUAAGAGAUUGGAUUGUCUCUCUUUGGUUAUAUUGUUUAUUGGGCUCAAUCAUCAUAACAUUGAUAUUCUUAUUGUAAUGUAAAGUUGGAAGUCAUAAACUAUUGCGACCUGUCAUAAUACCAUAACUUUAAAGGCUUUAUGAAUGCUGGCCCAAUUUAAGUGUUAUGCUAUUACUUUAAACAGGAACUUAUGACUUAAUUUUAGGAUCCACAUGUAUGUUAUAUUGAAUGUUUUAGUUUUCUACGGAACAGCAUUUGCCCACAUGGAACACUCCACAGCACCGCAAAUCUCUACUUUUUUCCAUUUUUAAUCUCAUGCAGUUUGGACCUUUGUUUGGACUUAUUCUGAUCUUUUUGUGUGUUUUUCCCCUCUCUUUCCUCAUUCAUAUUUUUAUAAAUUUUUGGACAGUGCAGGAACAGAGAUUAUUAGUCCACAGGCCUAUCACCAUAAACAUACAAAACAUAAUUGAUGUAGACAUCAUGCAUAAAAGUUAUAUAAUCUGAUUUAGAACAGGGGGAGUGGGAGACACUCACAUACAAAACAGGUAGACAGUAGUGAUGGGGGAAAAAUCGAUACAGUUACAUAUCGGGAUAUUAUUUUUUACGAUAAAUUGUAUCGUUUCAAUAUUAUUUUUGUGCUAGUUGGCUGUACCUGCACCAAAGCUCCAGUAUUUCUUUCUUCAUAGCUUGUUCUCCAUCUUCUUUUUAAAUAGGGAGCCAAUUUGUUUUCAGAAGUUUUAUUUCUAUGACUGAUCAAAAUUCAUUUUCUCAUGGCACUCUCAUGUCCAUCUGCAACAGAGCAAUACAGUGGGGUAAAAAAGUAUUUAGUCAGCCACCAAUUGUGCAAGUUCUCCCACUUAAAAAGAUGAGAGAGGCCUGUAAUUUUCAUCAUAGGUACACGUCAACUAUGACAGACAAAAUGAGGAAAUAAAAUUCUGAAAAUCACAUUGUAGGAUUUUAAAUGAAUUUAUCUGCAAAUUAUGGUGGAAAAUAAGUAUUUGGUCAAUAACAAAAGUUUCUCAAUACUUUGUCAUAUACCCUUUGUUGGCAAUGACACAGGUCAAACGUUUUCUGUAAGUCUUCACAAGGUUUUCACACACUGUUGCUGAUGUUUUGGGGCUGUCGCUGGGCAACACGGACUUUCAACUCCCUCCAAAGAUUUUCUAUGGGGUUGAGAUCUGGAGACUGGCUAGGCCACUCCAGGACCUUGAAAUGCUUCUUACGAAGCCACUCCUUCGUUGCCCGGGCGGUGUGUUUGGGAUCAUUGUCAUGCUGAAAGACCCAGCCACAUUUCAUCUUCAAUGCCCUUGCUGAUGGAAGGAGGUUUUCACUCAAAAUCUCAUGAUACAUGGCCCCAUUCAUUCUUUCCUUUACACGGAUCAGUCGUCCUGGUCCCUUUGCAGAAAAACAGCCCCAAAGCAUGAUGUUUCCACCCCCAUGCUUCAUAGUCUGUAUGGUGUUCUUUGGAUGCAACUCAGCAUUCUUUGUCCUCCAAACACGACGAGUUGAGUUUUUACCAAAAAGUUCUAUUUUGGUUUCAUCUGACCAUAAGACAUUCUCCCAAUCCUCUUCUGGAUCAUCCAAAUGCCCUCUAGCAAACUUCAGACGGGCCUGGACAUGUACUGGCUUAAGCAGGGGGACACGUCUGGCACUGCAGGAUUUGAGUCCCUGGCAGCGUAGUGUGUUACUGAUGGUAGGCUUUGUUACUUUGGUCCCAGCUCUCUGCAGGUCAUUCACUAGGUUCCUCCGUGUGGUUCUGGGAUUUUUGCUCACCGUUCUUGUGAUCAUUUUGACCCCACGGGGUGAGAUCUUGCGUGGAGCCCCAGAUCGAGGGAGAUUAUCAGUGGUCUUGUAUGUCUUCCAUUUCCUAAUAAUUGCUCCCACAGUUGAUUUCUUCAAACCAAGCUGCUUACCUAUUGCAGAUUCAGUCUUCCCACCCUGGUGCAGGUCUACAAUUUUGUUUCUGGUGUCCUUUGACAGCUCUUUGGUCUUGGCCAUAGUGGAGUUUGGAGUGUGACUGUUUGAGGUUGUGGACAGGUGUUUUUUAUACUGAUAACAAGUUCAAACAGGUGCCAUUAAUACAGGUAACGAGUGGAGGACAGAGGAGCCUCUUAAAGAAGAAGUUACAGGUCUGUGAGAGCCAGAAAUCUUGCUUGUUACCAUAAUUUGCAAAUAAAUUCAUUAAAAAUCCUAGAAUGUGAUUUUCUGGAAAAAAAAUUCUCAAUUUGUCUGUCAUAGUUGACAUGUACCUAUGAUGAAAAUUACAGGCCUCUCUCAUCUUUUUAAGUGGGAGAACUUGCACAAUUGGUGGCUGACUAAAUACUUUUUUCCCCCACUGUAUAUUUGGAACAUCGAAUCGCAAUAAAAUCACAGUAUCAAAUCGCAAUACAUACAGAAUCGUGAGUGUCGCAAUAAAUAUUGUAUCGGCACCAAUUUAUAUAAUAUCGUGAGUUCCCUGGCAAUUCCCAGCCCUAGCAGACAGGUACACACAUGGGUGGGCUGUGACGGCGCAGCUGAGCUUGCUCUCUGUGUGAAACCUCAGAGCAGGGAAGUAACGGCUCAUGAGGGGGUUAAUAUGUGGAUGAGAGUCAAGAUCGUUACCGCUCAACCAGACUCUAUCGACACCAUCCUGACAUUGUUGUCUUGUGUUCAGGUGUUCACCGAGGGCAUCACCAACCAGCUCAUGGGCUGCUUCGUGGGCUCGCUCCAGGAGUUGGGGGCUGUGCUGGUGCGUGUGUACGGGAGGAUGACAGAGCUCUAUGUGGACCGGGAGAGAGAGGUGGAGAUGUUCAAGAUACUCCACAGUCACAACUGCGGCCCGCAGAUCUACUGCAGCUUCCAGAACGGCAUCUGCUAUGAGUUUGUGAGGGGGACCGUGUUGGACAACACACUGCUCACACAGCCUGACAUCUAUAGGUAUCUGUGAAAAUGUAUAAAUGUCUUACACAUACUGUACAUUUACAGUACAGAAAAAAAUUACAGGGAUUUCAUCAUGAGGCCAUUGGUGACUUUUAAACAGUUACAGAGUUUAAUGGCUGUGAUAGGAGAAAACUGAGGAUGGAUCAACAACAUUGUAGUUACUCCACAAUACUAACCUAAUUGACAGAUUGAAAAGAAGGAAGCUUUUACAGAAUACACAUAUUCCAAAACAUGCAUCCUGUUUCCAACAAAGCACCAAAAUAAUACUGCAAAGAAAUGUGGGAAAGCAAUUAACUUUUUAUCCUGAAUACAAAGUGUUAUGUAUGGGGCAAAUCCAAUACAACACAUUACUGAGUACCACUCUCCAUUAUUUUCAAGCAUAGUGGUGGCUGCAUUAUGUUAUGGGUAUGCUUGUAAUCGUUAAGGACUGUGGAUUUUUUCAGGAUAAAAAAAUAAAACGGAAUAGGCCUCCCGAGUGGCACAGCAGUCUAAGGCACCCGGGUUCGAUCCCAGGCUGUGUCACAACCGGCCGUGACCGGGAGUCCCAUAGGGCGGCGCACAAUUGGCCCAGCGUCGUCUGGGUUAGGGGAGGGUUUGGCCGUGGGGCUCAUUGCGCUCUAGCGACUCCUUGUGGCGGGCCGGGCGCCUGCAGGCUGACUUCGGUCGUCAGAUGAACAGUGUUUCCUCCGACACGUUGGUGCAGCUGGCUUCCGGGUUAAGUGGUCGGGUGUUAAGAAGCACGGUUUGGUGGGUCUUGUUUCGGAGGACGCAUGACUUGGCCUUUGGCUCUCCCAAGCCUGUUGUGGAGUUGCAGCGAUGAGACAAGAUCGCAAUUGGAUAUCACGAAAUUGGGGAGAAAAAGAGGGUUAAAUUAAAAAAAAUAAAAAAUAAGAUACAAAAAAUGUAAUACAAUUAAGCACAGGCAAAAUCCUAUGGGAAAAUGUGGUUCAGUCUGCUUUCCACCAGACACUGGGAGAUGAAUUCACCUUUGAGCAGAACAAUAACCUAAAACACAAAGCCAAAUCUUCUCAGGAGUUGCUUACUAAGAAGACAAGUAAUGUUCCUGAGUGGCCUAGUUACAGUCAAGACUUUAAAAGGGUUGUCUAUCAGUGAUCAACAACCUAUUUGACAGAGUUUUUGUACAAUCCAGAUGUGCAAAGAUCUUAGACACUUACCCAGAAAGACUGUAAUCACUGACAAAGGUGAUUCGAACAUGUAUUGACUGAAGGGUGUGAAUACUUGUUCUAAACAAAAAUAUAAAUGCAACAUGUAAAGUGUUGGUCCCAUGUUUCAUGAGCUGAAAUAAAAGAUCCCAGAAAUGUUCCAUAUGCACAAAAAGCUUUUUUCUCUAAAAUGUUGUGCACAUAUUUGUUUACAUCCCUGUUAGUGAGCAUUUCUCCUUUGCCAAGAUAAUCCAUCCACCCGAAAGGUGUGGCAUAUCAAGGAGCUGAUUAAACAGCAUGAUCAUUACACAGGUGCACCUUGUACUGGGGACAAUAAAAGGCUACUCUAAAAUGUGCAAUUUGUCACACAACACAAUGACACAGAUGUCUCAAGUUUUGAGGGAGCGUGCAAUUGGCAUGCUGACUGCAGGAAUGUCCAUAGCUGUUGCCAGAUAAUUUAAUGUUAAUUUCUCUAUCAGCGUUGUUUUAGAGAAUUUGGCAGUACGUCCAACCGGCCUCACAACCACAGACCACAUGUAUGGCGUUGUGUGGGCGAGCGGUUUGCUGAUGUCAACGUUGUGAACAGAGUGCCGCAUGGUGGCGGUGGGGUUAUGGUAUGGGCAGCAAUACGCUACGGACAACGAACAGAAUUGCAUUUUAUCGAUGGCAAUUUGAAUGCACAGAGAUACAGUGGCUUGCGAAAGUAUUCAGCCCCCUUGGCAUUUUUCCUAUUUUGUUACCUUACAACCUGGAAUUAAAAUGGAUUUUUGGGGGGGUUGUAUCAUUUGAUUUACACAACAUGCCUACCACUUUGAAGAUGCAAAAUAUUUUUGUGAAACAAACAAGAAAUAAGAUACAAAAAACUGAAAACUUGAGCGUGCAUAACCCCCCCAAAUGUGUUUGCUUAUUUUGUUCUUUAAGCAAUGGCUUUUUUUUGGCCACGCUUCCGUAAAGCCCAGCUCUGUGGAGAGUACGGCUUAAAGUGGUCCUAUGGACAGAUACUCCAAUCUCCGCUGUGGAGCUUUGCAGCUCCUUCAGGGUUAUCUUUGGUCUCUUUGUUGCCUCUCUGAUUAAUUCCCUCCUUGCCUGGUCUGUGAGUUUUGGUGGGCGGUUCUCUCUUGGCAGGUUUGUUGUGGUGCCAUAUUCUUUCAAUUUUUUUAUUGUGGAUUUAAUGGUGCUCCGUGGGAUGUUCAAAGUUUUGGAUAUUUUCUUAUAACCCAACCCUGUCUGUACCAUUCCACAACUUUGUCCCUGACCUGUUUGGAGAGCUCCUUGGUCUUCAUGGUGCCGCUUGCUUGGUGGUGCCCCUUGCUUAGUGGUGUUGCAGACUCUGGGGCCUUUCAGAACAGAGGGAAAAAAGUAUUUGAUACCCUGCUGAUUUUGUACGUUUGCCCACUGACAAAGAAAUGAUCAGUCUAUCAUUUUAAUGGUAGGUUUAUUUGAACAGUGAGAGACAGAAUAACAACAACAAAAAUCCAGAAAAACGCAUGUAAAAAAUGUUAUAUAUUGAUUUGCAUUUUAAUGAGGGAAAUACGUUUUUGACCCCCUAUCAAUCAGAAAGAGUUCUGGCUCCCAGGUGUCUUUUAUACAGGUAACGAGCUGAGAUUAGGAGUACACUCUUAAAGGGAGUGCUCCUAAUCUCAUCUUGUUACCUGUAUAAAAGACACCUGUCCACAGAAGCAAUUAAUCAAUCAGAUUUAAAACUCCCCACCAUGGCCAAGACCAAAGAGCUCUCCAACGAUAUCAGGGACAAGAUUGUAGACCUACACAAGGCUGGAAUGGGCUACAAGAACAUCGCCAAGAAGCUUGGUGAGAAGAUGACAACAGUUGGUGCGAUUAUUCGCAAGUGGAAGAAACACAAAAGAACUGUCAAUCUCCCUCAGACUGGGGCUCCAUGCAGGAUCUCACCUCAUGAAGUUGCAAUGAUCAUGAGAACAGUGAGGAAUCAGCCCAGAACUACACGGUAGGAUCUUGUCAAUGAUCUCAAGGCAGCUGGGACCAUAGUCACCAAGAAAACAAUUGGUAACACACUACGCCGUGAAGGACUGAAAUCCUGCAGCGCCCGCAAGGUUCCCCUGCUCAAGAAAGCACAAAUACAGGCCCGUCUGAAGUUUGCCAAUGAACAUCUGAAUGAUUCAGAGGAGAACUGGGUGAAAGUGUUGUGGUCAGAUGAGACCAAAAUCGAGCUCUUUGGCAUCAACUCAACUUGCCCUGUUUGGAGGAGGAGGAAUGCUGCCUAUGACCAAAAGAACACCAUCCCCACCGUCAAACAUGGAGGUGGAAACAUUAUGCUUUGGGGGUGUUUUUCUGCUAAGGGGACAGGACAACUUCACCGCAUCAAAGGGACGAUGGACGGGGCCAUGUACCGUCAAAUCUUGGGUGAGAACCUCCUUCCCUCAGCCAGGGCAUUGAAAAUGGGUCGUGGAUGGGUAUUCCAGCAUGACAAUGACCCAAAACACACGGCCAAGGCAACAAAGGAGUGGCUCAAGAAGAAGCACAUUAAGGUCCUGGAGUGGCCUAGCCAGUCUCCAGACCUUAAUCCCAUAGAAAAUCUGUGGAGGGAGCUGAAGGUUUGAGUUGCCAAAUGUCAGCCUCAAAACCUUAAUGACUUGGAGAAGAUCUGCAAAGAGGAGUGGGACAAAAUCCCUCCUGAGAUGUGUGCAAACCUGGUGGCCAACUACAAGAAACGUCUGACCUCUGUGAUUGCCAACAAGGGUUUUGCCACCAAGUACUAAGUCAUGUUUUGCAGAGGGGUCAAAUACUUAUUUCCCUUAUUAAAAUGCAAAUCAAUUUAUAACAUUUUUGACAUGCAUUUUUCUGGAUUUUUUUGUUGUUAUUCUGUCUCUCACGGUUCAAAUAAACCUACCAUUAAAAUUAUAGACUGAUCAUGUCUUUGUCAGUGGGCAAACGUACAAAAUCAGCAGGGGAUCAAAUACUUUUUUCCCUCACUGUAUAUUCUGAGAUCAUGUGACAGAUCAUGUGACACUUAGAUUGCACACAGGUGGACUUUAUUUAACUAAUUAUGUGACUUCUGAAGGUAAUUGGUUGCACCAGAUCUUAUUUAGGGGCUUCAUAGCAAAGGGGGUGAAUACAUAUGCACGCAUCACUUUUCCGUUAUUAAUUUUUUAGAAUUUCUGAAACAAGUUAUUUUUUCUUAAUUUCAUUUCACGAAUUUGGACUAUUUUGUGUAUGUCCAUUACAUGAAAUCCAAAUAAAAAUCCAUUUAAAUUACAGGUUGUAAUGCAACAAAAUAGGAAAAAUGCCAAGGGGGAUGAAUACUUUUGCAAGGCACUAUACCAUGAUGAGAUCCUGAGGUCCAUUGUCGUGCCAUUCAUCCACCUCCAUCAUUUCAUGUUUCCGCAUGAUAAUGCAUGAUAUCGAUCUGUACAGAAUUCCUGGAAUCUGAAAAUGUCCCAGUUCUUCCAUGGCCUGCAUACUCACCAGACAUGUCACCCAUUGACAUGUCACCCAUUGAGAUGGUCUGGAUCGAUGUGUACGACAGUGUGUUCCAGUUCCCGCCAAUAUCCAGCAACUUCGCAUUAAAGAGGAGUGGGACAACAAUCCACAGGCCACAAUCAACAGCCUGUGGACUACCUCAUGAAGCUGGUUGAGAGAAUGCCAAGAGUGUGCAAAGCUGUCAUCAAGGCAAAGGGUGGCUAUUUGAAGAAUCACAAAUCUCAAAUAUAUUUUGAUUUGUGUUAUUUCAUAGUUUUGAUGUCUUCACUAUAAUUCUACAAUGUAAAAAAUAGUAAAAAUAAAGAAAAACCCUUGAAUGAGUAGGUUUGUCCAAACUUUUGACUGGUAGUGUGUAUCAUAAAUGACUGGUUUUUGUGAAUUUGAUUAUAUAAUCUUGAAGUCUAGUAAAGAGAUUAUGGUACAUGGAAGUACGACGUAGAAAAGCAUCACUUUCAUAGGGUACUGGAGCAGUGUCAAUCCAGUGGGUCUCACAUUGGAUCUGAAAGUGAAUGAUAACAGUGGAGCAUGGGAAUGGAGGAAUGAGAGGGCUAUACAUCCAUGUGUCUGGUGGGGGUCAUGGGAGUACUCAGAGGAGAGGAUAGGGUCGCUGAGCUAUCAGAGAACAAAACAAUGUGAAAUCUUUCACAGGUUCUUAGAGGGUUUUCUUUAGGGUAGCACCUGCUGGUUGGCUGGCUGGCUGGCUGGCUGGCUGGCUGGCUGGCUGGCUGUGUGUGUGUGUGUGUGUGUGUGUGUGUGUGUGUGUGUGUGUGUGUGUGUGUGUGUGUGUGUGUGUGUGUAUUUGUUUGUUUUUACUGUAUGUAAGUCUCUCAGUGUGUGAGUUUGGGGCGCUGAUUUAGAUUUGGGUCUGGAGAAUGGUUUCUCAGUGGUACCAGAUUAAAGAGUAUGUUUGUUGGACUCCACCUGUCCUAAUACCAACCAAACAACUACAGUCACAUUUCUGUAAUUACCUUCAACCUUCUGACUUACUUUUACCAAACUCAUUAAAUAUGCUCAGUCUUCGAUUCACUACCUCUCAUGUAUGCAAAUCAGUUAUACAGUGUAUAUUAUGCUUGUAUUUCAUUAUAUAUAUUAUGCCGAUUAUUUAAUGUAAAUCAGUUUCCUUAGAUUUACUCCCUGGAUACAUUUCCUUAGAUCCCCUGAACCAGUUUACUUAGGUUUUACUCCCAUUGAUCAAUGUUAACUCUGGAUCAAUUUCCUUAGAUCCUCUGAACCAAUUUCCUUAGGUUCUACACGUGAUUGUAGGUAAACUCUAGAUCAAUUCCCUUAGAUCCUACUGUCCACCUGCCAGAUUAAUUAUUAUAGGAAAAUAAUUCUGCCAAAUUGAACCCCAAAAUUUAGUGGAUGAGGAGGACAAGAGAUCUUUCACCAUUAAGACUUAGCUGGAAAACAGACAAUACCUCACAGAGAUUUUUGAAUAAGGUCUCUUACCUUCUUAAUUGUGGCCGGAGGGAUGUCUGGGUCCAAGCCGAGUGAAAUGGGUCAAAAAGUCAAGUCGCUUUUUUUGGGGGGGCAAUAUCUUGGCUCAGUCUCAUUUGUAGUUAUGUUCUAAAAUUAUACUCAUUUUUUUCGUUCUGUAGAUUGAUUGCAACAGAAAUGGGAAAAAUCCACUCGAUCAAGCUUGAAUCGGACCCUGUGGAGAAUAUUCUGUGGAAGAAGAUGGCCCAGUUUCUCAAACUUGUCCAUAAUGCUCAGAGCAACACACCAGCACCACAUAGGUGAGUUAACACAACACUAUCUACUUAGAAACGUAGACAUUUUAUUGUUUGCUAAAUGUUUUUUGUAAACCAAAGAUUUGCAAUAGUCUUUCACUUUCCUCUUCCUCUAUGAGUUGUGUUGACGGUGAAGUCUGACUCACUUAGCCAGUCUUUACUGUUGCUGCGUUCAUAACCAAGUGGGAAGGUGGUAUUUACCCCAUAUAACUGGGAAAGAUCCAGUUGAAUGGCCCUCCAACUGGUAAUUACUAGUGGUAAAUUCGUCUAUCAUCCCCGAGCUCCGACUUCUCCUACAUGCUGAACUCUUGACGUCACAUAUUUAGGAAAUACCUCGGUAACACAGAAAAAAAAUACAAUAAAAGUAAUCUAUUAAUAAAAAGCAAUUAUUUGUUUUUUGAACACUAUCAUUUGUUUGUGAGCAUAAUGUGUACUUUUAGAUUAUGUUUGACACAGCUUGUUUGCCAUUAGCCAAUCUGUGUUUCUCAACGGGUUCAAAGCAUGUGAAUAAAUCCAAUUUGUAUUUAAAGAUGCACUAUGCAGAAAUCGCUCCGCCAUUUCCUGGUUGCUAAAAUUCUAAUAGUUUGCCUAAUUUCAGUUUAUGUGACAAAACAAGCAGUCAUUGUGUAGAGAAUCAUUGUACCAUCUAAACCACUGUGAAAUAUAUUUUCCAUAACCAAAAAUAUUAUAUUUUAGCUGUUUGAAGAUGGUGAACAAAAUGAAAGUAAAAGACGCAAAAUGAAACUUCAGAAAGGGAAGCAUAGAAAUUGCACAUAUAGAACAGCUCUACCGCUUCUUAGACUUGCUUUCAAUGAAAGAUCUAAAACUCAAAUUUCUAUGUGCAUUUGGACAGGUUGCCCAAAAAGUUACAUAUUGUAGCUUUAAGACUGAACAACUGGAAAUUACCAGCUUCCUACUUUGUUAUGAAUGCAGCAUUAGUCCAGUCUCUCUUGCUAUGUGGGGACACCAAGAUGAGAAGCAGUGAUUGGCCCAUUGAGGAUGUGGGGGAGUGGCGCCUGUGGUAAUGACAUUGUGCUAUCUUAGCCAGGGUCACAGGGUGAAAUGUGAGAGGGAACCUCCAGACACUACAAAUAAAAGCAGAUAUUAGCUCGGGUUUCCUUGAAACGCUCUCUCCCUUAUCAGUCAAAUGUUCUGCGUUGUUUAUGUUUGCUGCGAGGGGUCGGAAGUCCAUGCAAACCAGAGUCAAACUAGAGUCGCAAAGUACUGGGGUCUGCUUUAGUUUUUCAGAUUGAAAGAAUAUCACCAUACUAGUCCAGUAUGUUCUUUCUGUUUUUUCUGUUUUGGGGGGAGAGGGCAAGGCAAUUAGCUAUGGAGUGGGUCAUCCAUUUAACAUAGAAGUGCUAUGGGGAGAUUGGGACCUCGAUGAUAAGAUAGAAGCAGCUUCCUUCAUACAUACAGUUGAAGUCGGAAGUUUAGAUACACCUUAGCCAAAUACAUUUAAACUCAGUUUUUCACAAUUCCUGACAUUUAAUCCUAGUAAAAAUUCCCUGUCUUAGGUCAGUUAGGAUCACCACUUUAUUUUAAGAAUGUGAAAUGUCAGAAUAAUAGUAGAGAGAAUGAUUUAUUUAAGCUUUUAUGUCUUUCAUCACAUUCCCAGUGGGUCAGAAGUUUACAUACACUCAAAUAGUAUUUGGUAGCAUUGCCUUUAAAUUGUUUCACUUGAGUCAAAUGUUUCAGGUAGCCUUCCACAAGCUUCCCACAAUAAGUUGGGUGAAUUUUGGCCCAUUCCUCCUGACAGAGCUGGUGUAACUGAGUCAGGUUUGUAGGCCUCCUUGCUCGCACACGCUUUUUCAGUUCUGCCCACACAUUUUCUAUAGGACUGAGGUCAGGGCUUUGUGAUGGCCACUCCAAUACCUUGACUUUGUUGUCCUUAAGCCAUUUUGCCACAACUUUGGAAGUAUGCUUGGGGUUAUUGUCCAUUUGGAAGACCCAUUUGCGACCAAGCUUUAACUUCCUGACUGAUGUCUUGAGAUGUUUCUUCAAUAUAUCCACAUAGUUUUCCUUCCUCAUGAUGCCAUCUAUUUUGUGAAGUGCACCAAUCCCUCCUACAGCAAAGCACCCCCACAGCAUGAUGCUGCCACCCCCGUGCUUCAUGGUUGGGAUGGUGUUCUUCGGCUUGCAAGCCUUCCCCUUUUUCCUCCAAACAUAACGAUGGUCAUUAUGGCCAAACAGUUCUAUUUUUGUUUCAUCAGACCAGAGGACAUUUCUCCAAAAUGUACAAUCUUUGUCCCCAUGUGCAGUUGCAAACCAUACUCUGGCUUUUUUAUGGCGGUUUUGGAGCAGUGGCUUCUUCCUUGCUGAGAGGCCUUUUAGGUUAUGUCGAUAUAGGACUCGUUUUACUGUGGAUAUAGAUACUUUUGUACCUGUUUUCUCCAGCAUCUUCACAAGGUCCUUUGCUGUUGUUCUGGGAUUGAUUUGCACUUUUCGCACCAAAGUACGUUAAUUUUUUUACAUUUACAUUUUAGUCAUUUUGCAGACACUCUUAUCCAGAGCAACUUACAGUUAGUGAGUGCAUACAUUUUCAUACUGGCCCCCCGUGGGAUACGAACCCACAACGCUGGCGUUGCAAGCGCCAUACUCUACCAACUGAGCUACAUGGGACUAGGAGACAGGAGACAGUCAUCUCUAGGAGACAGAACGCGUCUCCUUCCUGAGCGGUAUGAUGGCUGUGUGGUCCCAUGGUGUUUAUACUUGCGUACUAUUGUUUGUACAGAUUAACGUGGUACCUUCAGGCGUUUGGAAAUUGAUCCCAAGGAUGAACCAGACUUCUGGCGGUCUACAAAAAAAAAUUCUGAGGUCUUUGCUGAUUUCUUUUGAUUUUCCCAUGAUGUCAAGCAAAGAGGCACUGAGUUUGAAGGUAGGCGUUGAAAUACAUCCACAGGUACACCUCCAAUUGACUCAAAUGAUGUAAAAUUAGCUUGUCAGAAGCUUCUAAAGCCAUGACAUCAUUUUAUAGAAUUUUCCAAGCUGUUUAAAGGCACAGUCAACUUAGUAUAUGUAAACUUCUGACCACUGGAAUUGUGAUACAGUGAAUUAUAAGUGAAAUAAUCUGUCUGUAAACAAUUGUUGGAAAAAUUACUUGUGUCAUGCACAAAGUAGAUGUCCUAACCUACUUGCCAAAACUAUAGUUUGUUAACAAGAAAUGUGUGGAGUGGUUGAAAAACAAGUUUAAUGACUCCAACCUAAGUGUAUGUAAACUUCCGACUUCAACUGUAUGAGAUGGAGUCAGAAUGUCUCUAGUAGUCUUUUUAACAUUGCUAUGACAGGACACAGACAACUAACUUUUUGUGUGUAACAUCCCAUAUAGUUCUAUUUUAAAGUGUUGUCACAUAUACAUGAUCUAAAAAUAAAUAAAGAGUCUCACACGCUAUAUAUAAACUCCCAGUAAUCUAUUUGGUAAACCACCAACAUUUCGGCAUCACUGUGCCUUCUUCAGGGUAAUGUCAUGAAUAAUUUAACCAGGUUAUGUAGACAAACAGUGUAAUUAGUGCAACCAAUGACAAUAGUAAGGGGUGUGUCAUAGUUACUGGUGGUCUACAAGCAUGGCCACAAUAUUGGCGAUAGCUCAAUGAGAUCUGACCUGCCCACUCAGACACUCUUGACACCCAUUCCAAAUGGGAACUACAUUUUACAUUACAUUUUACAUUUUAGUCAUUUAGCAGACGCUCUUAUCCAGAGCGACUUACAGGAGCAAUUAGGGUUAAGUGCCUUGCUCAAGGGCACAUCGACAGAUUUUUCACCUAGUCGGCUCAACUACAAAUGUGGCUCAUACGAAGAGUGCAAUAGCACUACAAAAAUAUCCUUCUUCAGACACCCACAUACAGGUCGAAAAAUUCCUGUUAGGGGUAUCAUCUCAUGCAAGACAAAGGGAGUAAUCUAUCUCAUCACCUGUUCAUGUGGGAAAGCCAACGUAGGACAAAUGAAAAGACAAUUAAAACAACGCAUAGCUGAAUACCAAAGCUCAAUCAGAUGUAAGAACACUAUCCAGUAGCAGCUCACUUUGUUGGAGCUAACCAUCCUAUGUCCUCCCUCAAAUACACAGGUAUUGAGCAUGUAAUUCUACCAAGGAGAGGAGGUAACAUCAAGACCCUACCACUACAGAGGGAGGCUUACUGGCUCUCCUAUCUAAAAACAUUGACCCCUAAUGGUCUGAAUAUUGACUUUGAUCUCAAGCCCUUCUUAUGAAUAAUUGUCGUUUUUUAUGAACAAGUCUGAUAUAUGAAUAUAUUCUUUCUACAGCUUAUCAGCAUACACCCAAUAUGUUCCCCUUGUUGAUGAUGCUUAUUAUGCAUUAUGGUUGAACCAAAAGAUUACAUGUAACAAAAAUGAAAUGUAAUUGAAACAAUUAAAUAUAUACACUACCAGUCAAAAGUUUGGACACACCUACUCAUUCAAGGGUUUUUCUUUAUUUUUACAAUGUUUUACAUUCAAAGACAUCAAAAAUAUGAAAUAACACAUAUGGAAUCAUGUAGUAAACACAUUUUUUUUUAACGAAUCAAAAUAUAUUUUAUAUAUGAGAUUCUUCAAAUAGCCACCCUUUGCCUUGAUGACAGCUUUGCACAUUCUUGGCAUUCUUUCAACCAGCUUCACCUGGAAUGCUUUUCCAACAGUCUUGAAGGAGUUCCCACAUAUGCUGAGCACUUGUUGGCUGCUUUUCCUUCACUCUGCGGUCCGACUCAUCCCAAACCAUCUCAAUUGGUUUGAGGUCAGGGGAUUGUGGAGGCCAGGUCAUCUGAUGCAGCACUCCAGCACUCUCCUUCUUAGUAAAAUAGCCCUUACACAGCCUAGAGGUGUGUUGGGUCAUUGUCCUGUUGAAAAACAAAUGAUAGUCCCACUAAGCCCAAACCAGAUGGGAUGGCGUAUCACUGUAGAAUGCUGUGGUAGCCAUGCUGGUUAAGUUUCCCACAAGCAAAGCACCCCCACACCAUAACACCUCCUCCUCCACGCUUUACGGUGGGAACUACACAUGCAGAGAUCAUCCGUUCACCCACACCACGUCUCACAAAGACACAGCGUUUGGAACCAAAACUCUCCAAUUUGGACUCCAGACCAAAAGGACACAUUUCCACCGGUCUAAUGUCCAUUGCUCGUGUUUCUUGGCCCAAGCAGGUCUCUUCUUUUUGGUGUCCUUUAGUAGUGGUUUCUUUGCAGCAAUUUGACCAUGAAGGCCUGAUUCACGCAGUCUCCUCUGAACAGUUGAUGUUGAGAUGUGUCUGUUACUUGAACCCUGUGAAGCAUUUAUUUGGGCUGCAAUUUCUGAGGCUGGUAACUCUAAUGAACUUAUCCUCUGCAGCGGAAGUAACUCUGGGUCCUUCCAUUCCUGUUGUGGUCCUCAUGAGAGCCAGUUUCAUCAUAGCGCUUGAUGGUUUUUGCGACUGCACUUGAAGAAACUUUAAAAGUUCUUGAAAUGUUCCUGAUUGACUGACCUUCAUGUCUUAAAGUAAUGCUUGUUUGAGCUGUUCUUGCCAUAAUAUGCACUUGAUCUUUUACCAAAUAGGGCUAUCUUCUGUAUACCCCCCCUACCUUGUCACAAAACAACUGAUUGGCUCAAAUGCAUUAAGAAAUUCACUUUUAAGAAGGCACACCUGUUAAAUGAAAUGCAUUCCAGGUGACUACCUCAUGAAGCUGGUUGAGAGAAUGCCAAGAGUGUGCAAAGCUGUCAUCAAGGCAAAGGGUGGCUAUUUGAAGAAUCUCAAAUAUAACAUAUAUUUUGAUUUGUUUAACACUUUUUUGGUUACUACAUGAUUCCAUAUAUGUUAUUUCAUAGUUUUGAUGUCUUCACUAUUAUUAUUCAAUGUAGAAAAUAGUACAAAUAAAGAAUAAUCCUGGAAUGUGUAGGUUUGUCCAAACUUUUGACUGGUACUGUAUAUUAAAUUAAAUUAAACAAUAAUGUAUGAUGAUGCUAAUAUUAUGUACAAUAUCUAAUUAUGUUGCCAUAUGAUAACAUAAGCCUAAUAUGUUCAACAUGCUGUAAACUAUUGUCUUGUAACAGUUUCACUCAAUUCAUUCUCAUCAACCUAAUAAUUAUGACACACCCCCUCACUAUUGUCAUUGGUUGCACUAAUUGCACUGUUUGUCUACAUAACCUGGUUCAAGCAUUCAUGACAUUACCCUGAAGAAGGCACAGUGAUACCGAAACGUUGGUGGUUUACCCAAUAAAUGACUGGGAGUUUAUACAUAGAGUGUGCAACUCUCUUUAUUUUUUUUUAUAGCUUACAGUUUAUUCCCUGUUAGUCAGCACCUCUACACUAAAUAAUGUUCUCUGGGUGUGCGCCAGCUCAUGCUUUUUAUUAGACAUAUGUGACAUCAUGACACAGGGAGUGGUAUUUAUGAUAUGAUAAUUGAAGUAUAAGCAUACAAUUUUCAUGAAUCUUAGAAGUAACUAAGAUUAUGUUAAAGCCAAGUAUGUAUAGGAAAUUGCUAACCUGUAGGCAAUUUCAUUAUAGAAAGGGCAUUCUUCAUUUUGUAGUGUACACCAGCUUUUACCACAGAUGCACCGCAUUCGGAAGUCCAAUAGAUGGGGCUAUAUUGUGAUACAUUUCUAAAGCUGGAUAACUUGAUCCACAGUUGUCUCAAAAUGAAAUUCAUAUGACAAAAAAGUAUCAAAGAGAGAACAAAUAGAUUAGACUUAGGAAACAUUUCAGUGGUGCAGAAAGGCUCCACUAAAAGGUUGAGCAUUGUCUCCAGACAUUUGGAUGCACAGGAGGUUGGUGGCACCUUAAUUGGGGAGAACGGGCUUGUGGAAAUGGCUGGAGCGGAAUAGGUGGAAUGGUAUCAAAUACAUCAGAAACGUGUUUGAUGCCAUUCCAUUUGCUCCAUUCCAGCCAUUAUUAUGAGCCGUCCUCCCCUCAGCAGCCUCCACUGUUUGGAUGUCUAAAUCAAUAUUUAAAUGUAUGUUUAUACACUACUUGACCAAAAGUAUGUGGACACCUGCUUGUCGAACAUCUCAUUCCAAAAUCAUGGGCAGUAAUAUGGAGUUGGUCCCUCCUUUGCUGCUAUAAUAGCCUCCACUCUUCUGGGAAGGCUUUCCAUUAGAUGUUGGAACAUUGCUGCGGGGACUUGCUUCCAUUCAGCCACAAGAGCAUUAGUGAGGUCAGGCAGUGAUGUUGGCCGAUUAGGCCUGGCUCGCAGUUGGCAUUCCAAUUCAUCACAAAGGUGUUCAAUGGGGUAGAGGUCAGGGCUCUGUGCAGGCCAGUCAAGUUCUUCCACACCAAUCUCGACAAACCAUUUCUGUAUGGACCUCGCUUUGUGCACGGGGGCAUUGUCAUGCUGAAAUAGGAACGGGCCUUCCCCAAACUUUUGCCACAAAGUUGGAAGCACAAAAUCAUCUAGAAUGUAAUUGUAUGCUGUAGCAUUAAGAUUUCCCUUCACUGGAACUAAGGGGCCUAGCCCGAACCAUGAAAAACAUCCCUAGACCAUUAUUCCUCCACCAAACUUUACAGUUGGCACUAUGCAUUGGGGCAGGUAGCGUUCUGGCAGCCGUCAAACCCAGAUUCGUCCAUCGGACUGCCAGAUGGUGAAGAGUGAUUUAUCAUUCCAGAGAACGCGUUUCCACUGCUCCAGAAUCCAAUGGCGGCGAGCUUUACACCACUCCAGCCGAAGCUUGGCAUUGCGCAUGGUGAUCUUAGGCUUGUGUGCGGCUGUUCAGCCAUGGAAACCCAUUUCAUGAAGCUCCCGACAAACAGUUAUUGUGCUGACAUUGCUCCCAGAGGCAGUUUGGAACUCGGUAGUGAGUGUUGCAACCGAGGACAGACAAUGAUUUUUACGCGCUACGCGCUUCAGCACUCGGCGGUCCCUGUCUGUGAUGUUGUGUGGCUUAUUACUUUGAGGCUGAGCCGUUGUUGCUACUAUAGACGUUUUCACUUCACAAUAACAGCAAAUUUCUAGCAGGGCAGAAAUUUGACAAACUGACUAGUUGGAAAGGUGGAAUCAUAUGACGGUGCACGUUGAAAGUCACUGAGCUGAAUCCACUCAUUUGAAGGGGUGUCCACAUACUUUUGUAUAUAUAGUGUAUGUCAUACUCAAAGAGGGGUGAUUUCUGUGCAGUUCAAAUUAGUUUAUAUUUAUCACAUCACACUCAUUGUAAGGUGUUCCACUUAUACAAGGAAUUCUUCAAAUAUGUUGGCUUUUACAGGUCAAUCAUCCAUAAAAUAUAAACUUCAAAUUAUUGCUUUGAAUUUGUGUUUGUAUGUGGUUUUCUAUGUGAUAAAUGGAGCCACAGAGUGAGAGGGUGAGAACCUGACAACACACAAAAGCAACAGAGACACUUUUGUACUUGGGGAAUGUAAAAGUGCUUGUGAAAGAGUGUCUUCCGAGGAAACAGGGGAGAGGGGGAGCAGGAAGAGGCUGCACCUGCAGAAGAGCUCCUCAGUCAGAGUCAGACAGUCACCCGCUGGGGUGGGAGGCAGAGGAGAGGAAGGAGAGAACAGGAGAGGAGAUACAUCUGUGGUGUUGAGGAGAGGGGGGAAGAGGGCAGAACAGGAGAGGAGCAGAGGACAGAGCAGGACAGGAGAGAACAUGAGAGGAGAGAAAAGCAGGAAAGGAGAGACGCAGCUGCACUACAGUUCCGAGGAGAGUGCCGAAGCCGGAGAGAGCAGCCUCCUGCUCUGCUCAAAGCCCUCCUGC